AUGCCUACAGACCAGACGUGUUCAGAUGGUCAUGGGAACCCGCAGUGCAUUCUGGGCUGGGGGCUGCCACCGUCCGGGCCGCCCGCUGGACGCCUCACUGAGGGACAGUACCGGGACUCCGAGAGGGGGCACGUGCUCUUCAGAGCCUUCCUCCCCCCGGAGGGCUCGGACCCCCUCCGGAGCCUGCACACAAUGAACGCGCUCCUCCACCGGUGGCUGAGGCCGGAUGUGCGGACCGUGAAGCAGAUCCUGGACCAGCUGGUGCUGGAGAAGUUCAUGACCUGCAUGCCCCUGGAGCUGCAGGUGCUGGUCAAGGAGAGGAGGGUGCAGAGCUGCGAUGAGCUGGAGGUCCUGCUGAUGAACAAGGAGAAGCCCAGGAAAUGGACGGUGGUCACCUUCCAUGGGCAGGAGUAUCUUCGGGAGAAUUCCGACGAGGAAGCUGGGGACACGGACCUCGGGAUGGACUUGUCCGUGAAGUCCCCAUCCCCCAUAAGUAAGGCGGGGGCACAUCCUGAGAACAGCCCAGAGGUCCUCGGAGAGCCGGGGAACCAGCCAGGACCCAGUGACAUGGUGUGGGGACAGGGGCAGAGAGUCCUCCUGCCAGAGACGAUUCUCAAGACAAGUGACCCAGAGGGUGUGAGGCCCAAGGUGAAGGUGGAGGAGUUGGAGAAGGAUGUGAUGGAAGAUGGGGAAGAGGCAGCAGUUCUCACAUCUCCAGAGCCUCCGCUUCCCAGCAGUCCUGGAGAAUCGGUGAGGACAGAGGGGGAGCAGAACCCCCAAGAAGGAAUUGGCCUUGAACAUGUGGAUGCUGCUGAUGUACCUCCCACCCACGUUCCGGAGACACAGGCCUUGACUCAGCAUCUGAAGAAAAGAGGUUCUUGGAAUCCAAGCGGUGUCCCCAAGAGAAAAAGGGGGAACAGUACCACCUCCCAAGAGGAGCAUCAAGAAGCAGCCGUGCCAUUGGACCAAGGACAAGUCACAGGACAGCACGGGUCCAAUUCAGUCGGUGCAUCAAACACCGUGGAGCCAACUGGUCCCCCUGUUGGCAAAGAAUCCAGGAGACAGAUCCCGUACGAGUGUCAGGACUGCAGCAAAAGGUUCAGUUAUAAAUCUCAGUUAGACCUUCACCGGAGGACACACACAGGAGAGAGACCCUUCCAAUGCCAUUACUGUCCCAAGAGAUUCAUUCAGGCCUCGGACCGGAAGGUCCACCAUUGGAUCCACACGCCGGGCCAGAAGCCGUACCGCUGUACCGUCUGCAAGGAGCGAUUCACCCACUCGUCCACGCUGCGUGGCCAUGAGCGGGUCCACACCCAGGAGAGGCCAUACCAGUGCGACGUCUGCCCCAAGAGCUUCAGACACCGAGGGAACCUCAACGUCCACAUGCGCAUCCACUCGGGCCUGAGGCCCUACUGGUGUCCCCAGUGCGACGGGGCCUUCCGCCAACUGGGGACAUUCCAACGCCACCAAAGGACAUGCCAAGGAGCGCCCCAGAGGCACCGGGUCCCUGCUGACCCAGAAGGAAAGGAAGGGGUCCCCUCUGGUGCAGAAAUGGCCUAUGAACACUUGGACAGUGGGGGUGCUAUGAAUUAGAAUUGGGGUCCUCCAAUAAUUACUCAUGUUCCCUACUGGCCCCAUAUUGUGUCAGU